UCAGAAUGUCAUUUUGUGGAGCAUGGCUGUUUUCAUUGAAUGGAAAGAGGAAUGUGAAUAUCCUGCCAAACACCCCCUUUUGUUUUCAACCGAUGAAAGAAAGUCAUACAGGUUUGAAAUGAGGGUGCAUCUGCGUGGGUCGUUCUCCCAUCUGGAUCUGGGUGGUGGAUAUAUGGAGAUCUGCUAGUGUGGCUGGUGUUUUGUGGACGUGGGACACACGAUGGCCGUGGCGCUGGAUGCAGUGUGGGUGCGAGUGAAAGGGGUUUGUAAGCAGAACGGCCUGCUGAUCCUCUCAGUGUUGGCCGUGGUUAUCGGAUGUCUUCUCGGCUUCUUCCUGCGCUCCAAGAACCUCUCGGAGCAGGAAGUGAAAUACUUCCAGUUCCCUGGAGAGCUGCUGAUGAGGAUGUUGAAGAUGUUGAUUUUGCCUCUGGUCGUGUCCAGUUUGAUGUCCGGUCUGGCGGCGCUGGAUGCAAAGUGUUCCAGUCGGCUGGGCCUCAUCACGGUCUCCUACUACCUGUGGACCACCUUCCUCGCUGUGGUGGUGGGAAUCGUCAUGGUGUUGAUCAUCCAUCCAGGUGGAAUGGCACAGAAAGAAGAUUCAGAGGACAGCGGGAAACCCAUCAUGAGCUCCGCUGAUGCUCUCCUGGAUCUCAUACGAAACAUGUUUCCAGCCAACCUCGUUCAAGCCACAUUUCAACAGUAUCGUACCAACAGUGUGCCCAUAAUGAAGUCGGCCAAGGCGACAGUGGCCACCAGUCUGAUGGAGAGCACCACUCGCCGCACGCUCAUCUACGGGAUACAGGACGACAAUGGGACGGACAUCCAGAACUUUCAGCUGGAUUUGACCCCGCCUCCUGACGUGGUGAUGCGAACGCUUCCUGGCACCAGUGAGGGCAUGAACGUCUUGGGGAUUGUCAUUUUCUCUGCCACCAUGGGCAUAAUGUUGGGCAGAAUGGGUCCUAACGGCAGUGCACUGGUUAACUUUUGCCAAAGUCUAAAUGAAGCGGUGCUGAAAAUCGUUGCGAUUGUCAUCUGGUACUUCCCGUUUGGCAUCGUGUUUCUGGUGGCCGGUAAGAUCCUGGAGAUGAGCGACCCGUCGGCGAUGGGGAAGAAGCUCGGCUUUUACGCUAUAACUGUGGUGAUGGGCCUCAUUCUGCACGGCCUCUUCAUCCUCCCCAGCAUGUACUUCUUCAUCACCAAGAAGAGCCCCAUUGUCUACAUCCGAGGAAUCCUGCAGGCGCUGCUCAUCUCACUGGCCACGUCCUCCAGUUCUGCCACUCUGCCUAUCACCUUCAAGUGCCUGCUGGAGAACAAUCACAUCGACCGGCGGAUCAUUCGCUUCGUGCUUCCCGUGGGAGCCACCAUCAACAUGGACGGCACUGCGCUGUAUGAGGCGGUGGCAGCCAUUUUUAUCGCCCAAGUCAACAACUACGAACUAGACUUUGGCCAAAUCAUCACUAUCAGUAUUACAGCGACCGCAGCGAGCAUCGGUGCAGCCGGGAUCCCACAGGCCGGACUGGUCACCAUGGUAAUAGUGUUGACAUCCGUGGGACUGCCCACCGAUGACAUCACUCUCAUUAUCGCUGUUGAUUGGGCCUUAGACAGAUUUCGCACCAUGGUCAAUGUGAUGGGAGACGCUCUGGCCACAGGAAUCAUGGCCCAUAUCUGCAGAAAGGAUUUCAUCAAAGAGGGAGAUGGGGUCCCUCUCAUCUGCGAAACAAAGCCCGUGACUAACCCGGGUUUGCCAAACUGUCAGCAGAACAAUGGUAGUUUCCAGCCCCCGCCGCCCGAGUGCAAACCCGAGCACAUUCCUCCAGAUGUGGCCCGUCUCAUGCAGCUGGAGGAAGGGGUUCGUCCACCGCCUCCGGAUCGGAAAAAACCACCCGUGCCCCCGCGCCACCUGAAACACAGAGACAAGGAACAUUGUGCCAUCGAUAUGAACGGUCUCGAGACUAACGUAUAGCGACCAUCGAAACCUUUCAGGGCGCAGACUGUAAAAGAGUCCACGUACACGGGAACGGACGACAUGUUUUAUUUCCUUUCCGUUUUUCAUGAGGCAACACAUGGUAUGAUCCUGCACAUAUGGGCCAAUGCCACUGUUGGCAGCACAUCCCAGUUGACCCAAUCAGUGCAUUAGAUAAUGCCAGGAUGGAAAGAGAAACCAGGUCACCAAGCCAGCCUGUUUCUUUGGGUUCAGAGAGCCAAACUUUUCCUGUAGCUCAACAGAAACGUGAUUCAAGACUGUCAAAAAGCACGAGUGAAUUGUAAAUACAACAUAGCUAUGUACUCUA